AUGGAAAAUUAAGAGCUAAAAAAUAUUCUCCUUCUAAAAUCAGAGGAAUUAGAUGAUUAAUAAUUGAAGCAAAUUAAUGAAAUUGGGUUUAAUCCUGUGAUACUGCAACUUCUCAACUUUGAGUAUAAUGAAUAUUAGUAGAAUGUUGAGCAAGCUAUUAGUCAUUUAGCUUAGUAUGAUGGUAGAUAUGCUUUAGCUAGCUUAAAAAUAAAAAAUAUUUUUUAUAAAAUUAGGUAUAGCUUUCAAUAGUGUUAAUUCUGUUAAAGCAUUAGCUUUAGCUUUGAAGCAUAAAAAAAUUGA